AUGGUUUCCACUACUUUCCUCGCGGUCCUCGUCGCCAGCGCUGCGCUUCCAUUCAGGCUGCCCCUACUCCUAUGGGAGCAGACACUCCCGUUGUUGUCAAGGAUAUUUUUAGCAAGAGGCUAGCCGAUGCAUUCAGCUACGGGUCCCAGCGUCGCCGUAAUGUCACCUUGCUCGAUGUCACUGGAUUAGACGAUUCUGUCAGCGUGGGCCCGAGCGUCCCAGCCUGCCCAGCCAAUAAGCCUCAGAGUGGUGCUGCCAAUAGCCCCCACGCCGACCUCGAUGCCGCGGUUGGAGCCUCCCCCACCACGACUGUACUCUCUGCUGGACGUGUUGCAGCUGCUGACGACAUUGCGGCUGGAGGGGUCCUCCCCGAAACUACCACCGGCCGGGAUGGUGCCGCGACCCCCGCAACUGGCGCUAACGCUAGGCUCAACGAUACAGCAUCCGAUCGAGGGGCUGUUGUGGACCGACUCCAGGCCAGUGCUAAUCUUAGUGCUGUGGUGCCUCUGGAUACGAGUGGCGUCACUGUUUCUCCUGCGGCCACCUCAUCUAUCGUCAAUGCUGCUGACAACUUGGAGGUAGCUGCUAGUAUUUCUGUUACUGAUCAGGGACUCGGUGCCGAGCGUCCUUCCACCAACGAGGCCAUCCCCAGUGCGACUAUCACCAGCGGAGUGAUUCCACUCGCUCAACUCGCAAUCAGUACUGACAUUCCAGCUGGUGGGAAACAUUCUGCGUCCAUCGAGGGUUCCGCCUUUCUCCAGCCACCCAGCCCCUCCAUUUCCGGAGCGUUUCCUAGCCAAGAACUUUCCCUCCGGCCUAGCGCCGAUGUCCCCUUUCCCUCCGCUUCUGGCUCCGCGUCUGUCUCCGCCUUUGUCUCCCCGCAGUUAGCUGCGAGUGUCACUAGCACUAUGCCAGAUGUCACGGAUACGCUAAUUCAACCCGCUGUUCCUGUCGACGCUCACUCUCAAACGCUGACUGAUGCCUCCGUUCCGGCACAGCCGGAUACUUUUGAUGUUCGCGUCGGUAGCAUCAAUUCUACUAGCCCUAACGUCGACACUGCCCAAAAUACGGUGGACACUGGUGCCAGCAAUGUGCUAGGUGCCAACCAUUUUGGUAUCAUGAGCCCCGUUGGAGAUAACAAGGACAAGGGCUGCCCUCCACGUCGCAUUCAGGCCACAGGACCCUUUGAUCUGGAAGUGAGUUCUCACCCAAAGGCCCGGAGCCACCCGGAAAUACUGCAACUUGGAAAUAACUAAGGUGAUCGACUCCGGCGCAUAAGCAGGAGCAUGUAAUACACCGAUGUUUCGGAGACGUUCAUAUCAUGUUUCUCAUUCAGGACUUUGUGGAAAUAGCUGGGGACACAUCAUGACAUUCACGAUGUUGACAUAACACUGUAAUGAAAACCAUUCAUGGAUGUUAAGGCCGAGUGAUGAUUUACUGUGAAGUCGCGGUAC